GUUUCAUAAUAUUAUUACCAAAUAAAAGUAUGGAAAACGUUCAACAUUCUGAAGAGCUGUUUGGGUCACUAAGCGAAGAAAACAACGGUAUUUCUGAGCUAGGCCCAAGCUACGAUGCAGAAACACCUGCCCUGAAGAACUGCCAAUCACCCGAAAAUGCUGCAAUUGCAAUUGAAUGUGAUGUUUCCAACACACACAAAGCGGAAGAAGCUUUAAUAAGUGAUGCAGCGGAUCGUGUCUCACAGUUUCCUUUGACACGAGUGAAACAAAUUAUGAAACUGGAUUCCGGCGUUUCGAUAUUCAGCCCGGAGGCCGUGUUUUUAGUAACAAAAGCAGCAGAAUUUUUUGUACAAACGUUAGCGAAAGAAUCCAGCAGCUAUACCAUGGCUUCUAAGAAGAAAACAGUGACAAAAGCAGAUGUUGAAUUGGCAAUUGAUAACGUUGAAUCGCUCUUGUUUUUGGAUGCAAUGCUAAAUGUAUGAUGAAAGUGAGAAAAUGCAUACGUACCUAUACGAAUACAGCAUUUUUUUACAGUAUCUAACAAAAAGAACUGAUGACGGUAUCAAGGCUACUCAUAUCGUUGCCCAGACCAUUUAACCUGGCCAGAGGACUGCAGAACGAACCACUUGACAAAACCACAUAAAUUGUUUGCCAAUAUUGUCCGGUCUUCUGCUUGUGUCUGUUGCGUCGGAGCCAGGGACUCAACCGCUGAACAGCUAAUCCGUACAAUCAGACUAGAUAGCGAGCCAAAAAGCAAAGGAACCAUUAAUCGAAACCAUGAUAACCUAACUAGCGAGCCAAACAAACUAAACGUACUUACCACUACUUAUUUCCUUAUGCGGCAACUACAACCGCGGCGAUCGAGCGCCUUCGCCCACCAAUCUGUUAUCCCGGCCUCUCUCGCAUCACCGGCGAUGCAAUCUAACCAUCUCAGACGGGGCUCACCACGUCCCCUCUGUC